AUGCUGCACUCUAUAUCUGAUUUGACCACCUUCUGCCGCAAGACGAUAGGAGAUGUCCCGGCGAAGCUAGUGGGCGCGUCCACCACUGUCGUUGGCUCCAAGAUGUAUCUCUUCGGAGGUAGAUUGGUAACCGAACGCAGAAUGGUUUCCGACAUGUACGUUUUCGACUUGGCCACAUUUCGAUGGGAGAAGAUCCCGCCAAACCCAGAAGACGAUGUCCCCCGAGCUCGCUACUUCCACAGCGCUGAUACUUGGAACAACCAGCUGAUCGUCUUCGGAGGGAUGAGCAACAGAGUCGAUUCUCCCAAUCCGGACGACCUGUGCGUCCUGAACGACGUCCGGUUCUUCGACAUCGCGACGCGGCGCUGGAUGCCGGCGUCCAUGUCCAACUCGCCCGUGGCCGAUCCAGACGAUUCUCUCGUGCCCCGCGCUCGCUAUGCCCACUUGUCAUCAGUCACAUCUAACCGCUUGUUUAUCAUCGGCGGGCAGGAUUUCUUCAAUGUAUGGUUGGACGACGUGUGUGUAUACGAUCUGGUCACUCGUACAUGGACACGCCGGCGGGACUAUCCUCGGCACUGUGGCACCUAUCGCAGUGUUGCUGUCUCGUCUGAUUACUGCGUGCGGCUACCCCAGGAAGAACUCCGAGCAGAGCAAGGGCCUACUACAUUGGGCCAGCCCGGUACACGGUUCAAGACAGACAAUGCCCCUUCAAAGUCUUCUGACUUCACUGCAUCUGAAAGUCUUGUUCAUCUCCCUUACUCUGCGACUCCUUCAGAUGCUUUCCCAAGUAACAUCUACCUGUACAGCAAUUACAACUUUACUGACGUCAAACGAGAACUCGAGGUUUUCUACCCUCUCCCCAAUGCCGACUUGACGAUCCAAGAGCGUUCCGCCGCUAUGACCGGUACCUCAUUUCCUCCCGGCCUGCGAUUUCCCACCGGGGCCAUCCUGGGAACUCAUCUCAUCAUCGCUGGUACCUAUCUCGCCCAUACCUAUCAAUCUUUUUCCAUAUGGGCGCUAGACCUUAUCAACAUGACAUGGUCACGGAUCGACCCGGGCAGUGCCGUAUCCACAGGCUCGUGGUUUCGUGGAUGUCUCUGGACGGAAGCCAACAAGUUUCUCAUCUUCGGGAACCGAGACGGCAACCUGGUGGACGACUAUAACCGGCGCUUGCUUAGUUGGGACCACGUCGCCGUUGUGGAUUUGGAGGCCUUCGGUAUCUAUCAACCCCCCAAGCUGCGAAUUGACAUUGCAUCGCAGGAGCUCGGCCUCGCGGCCCUUGAGGAGCGGAUAAUCACCGACUUCGAGAUAAUAUGUGAUGAUGGAAGGAAGAUCCCUUGCUCUCGAAAAAUCCUUGAAGAGCGAUGGCCUUGGUUCAAGGAGGAGCGAGCGAAAUUCACACAGCUCGCGAAGAACACAGCGCAAACGUUACCGAAUUCCCCCAUGCAUGUCCCCCAGCCGGAUCUGCCAGGCAAAGACGCUGCAGGAGAGCUACGACCUGACCCCAGACUGACGCCGAGGUCAUUCCAUCUGUCAGAACCUUAUCCUAUCACACUCGCAUUGCUGCAGUACUUCUACUCCCUUGCUCUCAUCACCCCGCUGCAGCAUGCCCCGGCAGUGCUUAGCCAGCUAUUAGUCCUUUCUAGUAACUACAACAUUACUCACCUCCAAUCUUUGGUCAAACAUGCGAUGCACAAAGCUCUGUCAAACUCUACCUCAGUAGGUGUCUACGAAGUCGCUACCCUCUGCAGUUGCCGCAGCCUCCAGAUAAGGGCGUUGAAAACUGUUAUGUCAUACAGUCAGAAACGGCCUUCUCGUGACAAAGGGGAUAAAGGUCCAGGUUCAGGCGACGGACGGCCACCUGGCUCUAAUGGCGGUAAUGGCGGUAACGGUCGGCUAGACGGCGGCCCUAAAGAUCCUGGCAGUUUCGCCACUCGCCCUCGAGGUACUUCAGAUGCUCACUGGCGCGGUCCCGCUCAGGGUGACCAACCUCCAAUCGGCUCCACGUUCUCGCUUAAACCUAGUACGUAUGAUGUAGCGCCUCGUGGUAUAGAAGCGGGCUUGCCGACACUGACGAUCCCCGGUGCCCCUGGUCGCCGCCCCUCCGUGUCUCGACGGAUCAGUGUCCUGUCCACCAACACGGAAUACGAGAUCUCGGAGGUUGCUGAGCUCAUGUCCCCGUCCCUGGUCCACGCGGCGCACACCUUCAUUGAUGAACAUCCACAACUCGACGAACCCGAGGAAGUGCUCCCAAAUUCCGACUACAGCCUCGAUGCCGUCAUGGAGAUGUUCUACGACAAUUACGAAGAUGAAGAAAUAUCUCCGUCGUCGCGUGGUCCGAACAACUUCCUCUCGCCUGUGGCCGAAUCGUUCGGCGACCCCACGACACCUCCCUCCCGUGUAUCUUCUUUGUAUUGGGACUCUGACGUCGACGAGUACGAUCCUCCCCGCUAUUCUCGGCCCACUGCCCCUAGUGUAUCACAGAUUCCUUUCCAUCUUCCUACUCAACGGUCACGCCCUUCGACGGCUCGCUCCGAUAGUGACACACCAUCCCUAUCAUCUUCAGCGUCGAUGAGUUCGCUGGCCAGCACAGCUCGUUCGCAACCCUACUCACCACGCACACCAACAUAUCCCCCCACAACCCCCGAUAUCGCUUCCUCAUCUACGAAACACUUGGAAAUCAUAGAAGAGCGCCUCCCGGAGGACCAAGAAAUCUUGUACCGUCUCCCCAACCACGGCCCUAAUAGUCCUACGGCCGUGCGAGUCAUCCCUCCCCUCCCUAAGAAUUCAGUUGUCCCAGCAUGGCCGAAAAAGAAGCCGAACGUCGAAUGGUUUAAAGGCGAGGAACCGUCUUUCGUAGCCACGACGCCCCCACCUUCCUCUCGUUCUUUCACUAGUUCGCCAGUGCCCCCCUCGCCUCCCCCCACUCCUGGCCUUGCUCCCAGCCCACGGUUUGCAAGCAUGAACCCGCUCUCGCGUUUCAGGUCGAAUGUGAGCGCGAAGUCCACCCAUACUAUCAAGUCGGCGAAAUCGCAACCCGAUUUUGGAGCGUAUGUCAGCGGGUUUGAUCCCAAGAUGAUUAAAGCCGAAGAGAAGAAGAAAAAGAAGGCUGAAGCAAAGGCCCGAGUGGAAAGGCUUGCACAGGAGCUCAAAGACAAGAACAAGAAACAACCUGACACAGACCGGCGCUCCUUAAACAGCGACAAAUCCGCAAAAAGAGAGCAAGCUGCAGUGUUUGGCGGGCUAAGCGGACUCGUAAUGUGA